UACGCUGCCAGUGUCGAGUGUUCCUGCUAGCGUUCCUUCAGCAGACAUCUCCUGGCCAAAGAUGCGUGAAAUCGUCCACAUUCAGACAGGGCAAUGUGGAAACCAGAUCGGCGCGAAGUUCUGGGAGGUGAUCUCCGAGGAGCAUGGCAUUGAUCCCACCGGCAGCUACCACGGUGACUCAGACUUGCAGCUGGAACGUAUCAACGUCUAUUACAAUGAAGCUCAUGGAGGCAAAUACGUGCCGCGUGCAAUUCUUGUGGAUCUGGAGCCAGGCACCAUGGACUCCGUGCGGUCUGGACCCUUCGGACAGAUCUUCAGGCCAGACAACUUUGUCUUUGGCCAGAGCGGUGCGGGCAACAACUGGGCCAAGGGUCACUACACAGAGGGUGCCGAGCUCGUCGACUCCGUGCUGGACGUCGUUCGCAAGGAGGCCGAGGGUUGUGACUGCCUGCAGGGCUUCCAGCUCACGCACUCGCUUGGAGGCGGCACCGGUUCCGGCAUGGGCACCCUGCUCAUCUCCAAGAUUCGCGAGGAGUACCCGGACCGCAUCAUGUGCACCUUCUCGGUCGUCCCCUCGCCCAAGGUUUCCGACACCGUAGUCGAGCCGUACAAUGCGACCCUGUCGAUCCACCAGCUAGUCGAGAACACCGACGAGACGUUUUGCAUCGACAACGAGGCCCUCUACGACAUAUGUUUCCGCACGCUGAAGCUUACCACGCCCACGUACGGAGACCUGAACCACCUCGUGUCUGCAACUAUGUCCGGUGUCACCACUUGCCUUAGGUUCCCAGGCCAGCUGAAUGCUGACCUGCGCAAGCUAGCAGUCAACAUGGUUCCCUUCCCCCGUCUGCACUUCUUCGUGCCCGGCUUCGCCCCCCUCACUGCCCGCGGCUCGCAGAAAUACAGUGCUCUCACUGUACCCGAGCUGACCCAACAGAUGUUCAACGCCAAGAACAUGAUGGCGGCGUGCGACCCAAGGCACGGACGCUACCUUACAGUGGCGGCCAUCUUUCGUGGCCGCAUGAGCAUGCGCGAAGUGGAUGACCAGAUGAUGAACAUACAGAACAAGAACUCCCCUUACUUUGUCGAGUGGAUCCCGAACAACGUCAAGACGGCCGUGUGCGACAUUCCUCCGCGCGGGCUCAAGAUGUCCGCCACAUUUAUCGGAAACACCACGGCCAUCCAAGAGCUCUUCAAGCGAAUCUCCGAGCAAUUCACAGCCAUGUUUCGCCGCAAGGCUUUCCUCCACUGGUACACGGGUGAGGGCAUGGAUGAGAUGGAGUUCACUGAAGCAGAGUCCAACAUGAACGACCUGGUCUCAGAGUACCAGCAGUACCAGGAGGCGACUGCAGACGACGAGGGAGAGUUCGAGGACGGGCCAGAUGGCGACGCCGACGCUUAGUCAGACUUUUUUUUUUUUUCUCCUCCGUCGUUCUCACUCACC